AUGGAAUACUUUAAAAAUUUUAAGAGUAGGAUAACACCACAGAGAGCACAACCUAGUCAUGCCGAACAAUUAGCGAAAUUUCGUAAAUGCUGGGCCUAUAUACAGGGAGCCAAGGUUAGCGAUAAUGAAGAAAAACCAGUGGAAAAUAUUGAGUUAAUCGAGAUCGCAGAAAGGCUCAAAACAAUGGUAGACCUUCUCGUAGACGAAGGUUUACGUUUAGAAGAUGUUAACACUGGAGUCUGUAUGGAAGAAUUUCUACGAAAUAACAUCUUAACCGAUUUGGUUGAGCUUUCCGAACAAGAUCAUCCUCUUGGAAUCCGCGGUGAAGUAAUUCGCACGGUCGCUAGUUUGAUCAAUCUGUUGGACGAUAGAUUUCUUGUACACAAUGCUGUGCAUCAGCCAACAUUACGACUUUUACGUGACUGUGUACAGAAUGAAGAAGAAAAGGAAAUUUAUCAUGAAGAUUUAGUGGAUUUAAUGUACAACAUAUGUUCAAAAAUUCAUGGCUUUCCCGAUUUACUUAAUAUAUUUUUUCAUAAUACUCAUUGGCUCACUACCCCUCAGAAAGCAGCUUCAAAAACCCCGUCUACACAUGUAAAACAGACAAGCGUAUCUUCCAAUAGUAGUCAAGAUGGGAAUCCAGAUGACAAUGCUUCAUUGAUGACUACAAACAGUAUAGUGACUCAAGCUUCCGCCAAAACAACAGAAUUCACCGAAGAACCAGAUAAACCUGAAUAUGAAUUUUUAUUGUUUACAUAUUUAUUGAGAUUUGUCCAUAAGGAAGGUAAAAGUGGUGACUUUGCACGAACAGGUUUACUUUUCAUCAUGGAACUCGCCAUAGAUCCUCAGCUAGGCGAAUUUAUUUUAGACAGCGAUUUCGCCACAAUCAUGUCUGCCGGGUUAGGUGCGCUCUAUUCGCAGCUUCCCCGAAAACUCAUGGUUAAAAGUUCAAGCGGAGGAUUGACUAAUGCCACUUUACUAGGAUCUGGUGAUACCACAAGCACAGAGUUAGAUAGAUUACGUCAAGGGGGGAUUGAAGUUUCAUCGUCACCUCAAUUCAUAUUACAACUCGAUUCUUUCUUGAAACUUUUAGAAUUCUGUCAGGAUGUGUUGAAUCGUUGUCCAAAUCCGGACAUUUCUUUGGAAUUAUUGAAGAAUAUCAAAACUAUAUUCUUGGAGAAUAUUUUAUAUCCGUCUCUUAUGGAGUGCUCUGACACGGAUGGUUCCUCUGUCGCGGUCAUAUCUUAUAUUGACAUUAUAUUACAGACAUUGGAACAAGAGGAAUUGGUCGAUGUGGUGGUUGGAUUUUUAAUGGACUCGGAUAGUGAUGAUGAAGAUUUUUGGAAUAAAAAGAGCACAAUGAAACAAAAAAGACAAAGUACUAUUAAUCCAUUUGCCGGUGUAGAAACAAGUUCAAUUACAUCACCACCUUAUUUUACUGCUAGGGGUCGUUUCACCUUAAAAGAUUUGAUCUUUACACGACUUAAAUCAACAUCACAGCAGACUGUAAUCGCUGCACUUAAGCUUUUGCAUACUGUGAUUUCGAAACAUUGUCGAUAUUCGUUGAAACUAUUGAAUAUCGAAUUAGACGAGAAUGCUACCUGCUUCCCACGUCCGAACUACCUUGAAAAUUUUGAAGAUUUCGGAGCGGACAGCUUGACAAACACCCCAAAACUUACCACAAUUAGUCAUCACUCACGGGAAUUGGAUAAAUUCUUUAGUCUCGUCACGACAAUAGAUCCGAAACAGAAUAUGAAAAUAUUCAUUAAUGGAUACGAUUGCUAUGUUCGAGAUGCCGAGGCCAUAAUUGAGGCAGAUCUGUGUUAUCGUAAUGGACAAGAUGUAGAAUGGACAGAGGAAGGACCGAUCAAACCAAGAGGUUCUAAAAACACGAGGCAACCGAUUCUAACAUAUAGGAACGAGAGAAAGAACGGGAAAAAAGAUUUCGAUAAAGGAAUGUCUGCCGUUCCCAAGCAUCGUCUAAUUCCCAACGAUUCGCUUCUUCAAAUUCUUAUUGGCACUUUAUCGAGUUUCUUUGCACAUUCUCCCGAAUUAAAUCUCGCACUUACCGGUGUAAUUUCCGCAUUGGCCGUUUGCCCUUAUCGUUCACUUGAAGGCUGGCUUGUAUUCAGCGGUGCUGAUCGUCUUGAUAAUAGUGAAUCAAUUAUGCGAGCUCCAGAAAAUAUGUACAAUAAUGAACCUAAAAUAAAUGAGGUUAGUUUUGGACCUGCAAAUCAUGAUAGCAAUCCUCAAAAUGAAAAUGAAGAAAAACCAAUUAAUGAAUUCGACGAAGAUGAUGAUCGUUCUGUCGAUUACAAUGCCGACAAAAGUUCAUUGGCGGCCAAGGCUAUUGGUACAACUCCGUCGUGGACAAAUUAUCCUCAAUUCUUUACUAUCUUUCAGACUUUAACUCAGCAAGUUGCUUCUUUUCGUAGCGAAAUCCAAGGAUUCGAUCAAUUCCUUGAAGAACGACGUAAUGGAUUGCUAGACGCUGAGGAUGAAAUAGAUGAGAACUUUUUCAGAGCACCAUCUUCCUUAGCCAUACCUAUUCGAACUCGUAGAUCAAGUAACACCAAUUAUACAACUCCAGCUAUUGUGACUCCAAGUGGCUCAGUCAGCCCAUCCAAUAAAAAUCGUCUCGUGAAGAGGUCUAAUUCACUUAUCCAAGGAGAUUCUUCGUCUGUGAAUUCCUCUAUCAACUCUACCUUGUCAUCUUUCAAAUCUCCCUCGUUAUCUUCGAUGAAUAUCACUUUAUCAGCUCACAUCAUGAAGACUGAAAGUAUAAAGAUCCAUCCGGUUAUCUCAAAUCAUUUCGUGAAUGAGGAUGAAGAAGAGGAUCCUUGUGAUGUGGUCGAAGAAGAAGAUGAGAUAUUUGAAUCAAAGAAGCAGACUAGCACCAAGACAAAGGAGGCCAAACCUAAAGAGAUUACGUUAAGUACUUUAUUGAAUAACGUUGUGAUUUUGGAGGAAGCUAUUAAAGAAUUGGUGGCGAUUGUUCAGGUUAGACGAAGUUUAGGUAUUGACGAAGUUAGAUAUCUAUAG